AUGAAUCCCACGGAGGACAUAUUCUCGACGAAAGGGAACGUCCCAGAUAACUCUAGUUCCGAUCCCUCGGACUUUCAGUUCUUGAUCACGGGUGGCUAUCGGCCCAGGACCAAUAACCUGGCAAAUUCAUGGAAGUUGAAUCCAAGCGAUAUAGUAGUAGUAGCAGGAACGCCCAAAAGGAUGAGAAAAACCACCGCGACGCAGGUGAUGAAAGCCAAAUAUCUAAUAGCUCACAGUCAAUAUGGAAGUUGGUCCAUGGCAUACGACAUCGGCCUUGUGAUUUUGGAGGGUUCACUGUAUUUCAAUGCUUACGUGGACUCCAUUGAACUGACCCCAUCGCCAGCAAGGUACGGACCUGUUCCCAAUGAGAUUGUCAAUGUUAAUCUUGUUAUUCUGUCUCGUGACAAAUGUGACGCUUAUGGCUAUUCCUUUCAAGGGGGCAUGCUUUGCGUCGCAAAUCCAAGUUACGAUGAUUCCGACAGUUGCGAGGGCGACUCCGGGGGUCCGUUGAUCUGCGAUGGAAAAGUAUACGGCAUUGUCUCGUUUGGCCGUGGAUGCGGUGAGCCGCGUUUCCCCGGAAUCUACACGGACGUCUACUUGUACUUGAAAUGGAUUAUGAACGAUUUGAGUCCGCCAAACACAGUUCCAAUACCCGUUCUUAUACCAGGACUAGUCUUGUUAAUAGCAAUUGUUAAUCAAUGGAUACUUAGCGCACGUUAG